UUAAACUAAGAAAAUGACAACAUCUUCUUCUUUCUUCCUCCUCCUCUGCAAUUAUGAUUAUGAAUAACUAUUGAAAACAAAUUCUCAUAUAUUUUACAUACUUUUCUUGAUACAUAAAAGCUUCUGCAGGUUGUUGUAAUUUGAUUCAAGAAGAAGAAGCUCUUCUCCUUAAACUCAUAUAUAUACAUAAAAGUCAUGUAUGAAGAAGCAGCGAUCGAUCGUUUACCGUUAGACCUUCUCGCUUAUAUAUUUUCUUUGGUUACUUCUUUCACCGUUUUGGCUCAGGCAAAUGGUGUUUGCAAGAAAUGGAGGAAAGCUGUAAAUCAAUCGAUGGCGAGAAGACAAUCUCUGAGCUUUGCUGGUUGGAAAAUGGACGAUGAUUCCACUUCUCGUCUCGUUCAUCUUGCUUACAACCUCAAAGAACUCGACAUAUCUAGAAGUAGAUGGGGUUGUCAUAUAACUGAUAAUGGUCUUUACCAAAUAGCUUCUGCAAGAUGUGUGGCCAAUUUGAACUCUGUCUCUUUAUGGGGCAUGACUGCUAUUACUGAUUCUGGUGUUGUUCAACUGAUAUCAAGAACUUCUUCAUUGCAACACCUAAACAUAGGAGGUACUUUUAUAACCGAUGAGUCUCUUUUCGCUAUUGCAGAACGCUGUCAUAAUCUUAAGACGAUCGGGAUGUGGUGUUGCCGCCAUGUGACAGAGAGAGGCCUUCUGGUUCUUGUUAACAAAUGCAGAAAACUUGAAUCGAUCAACUUAUGGGGAACUAGAGUUCCUGUGGAUUGCUUCAUUGCUUUACUUACCAUCAGUCCUGCACUUCAGAUCAAACCCAUGGAAUUGCUUCUCAAUGCUCAGAAUCCACCACCAUUGUUGCAUGCUGUCUAGUUCUGCUUCCCAUUUCUCUUGUUUGUUGUGUACAUAGUAAUUCAUAAAAUUGAAUUCCCAUAUAUCUUCUGUUUUCUCCCAUCAAUAACAUAAAUAACUUAUCCAGUAAACCUUCUAUUGGAGUAGAAUUGUGUCUAUAUAUAUAUAUAUAUUUAAGUUGCAGAACA